CUCCAGGCCUGGUGCUACGGCCACAGGCCCCUCCCCGCAGCUCCUGGCCCCGCCCUAAAGACUUAGGCCCCGCCCCUGAGCCGGGUCUUGCUUUACCACUCCAGACCCUGCCUCACAGCCUCAGGCCCCGCCCCGUCGCCCCACUGUCAAGGCCUCGCCCCUUCGUCUUGGCCCCGCCCCGGCCGCCCGCCAUAUUGGUCCUUCUGCCCAAGUCGUUCCCUCUUGGAAGCGUUCUCGACGUUCCGGAGUCUCUGGCCUUCUUCUUGCCCUGGUUGCAUCCAGGCGUGUUGGCGAGCCGCCCCCAGGACGUCCAGUGUGUGUCUGCAAGAUAAUGAUGCUUGAACUGAACUACUAAGGAUUCGAAAUCAAAACUUACAUUAUUAAUAAUGGCAGGAAAAUCGUCUCUUUUUAAAAUAAUUCUUCUUGGAGAUGGUGGAGUUGGCAAGAGUUCUCUUAUGAACAGAUAUGUAACCAAUAAAUUUGAUUCCCAGCUCUUCCACACAAUAGGUGUGGAAUUUUUAAAUAAAGAUCUGGAGGUGGAUGGACAUUUUGUUACCAUGCAGAUUUGGGACACAGCUGGUCAAGAACGAUUCCGAAGCCUGAGGACACCAUUUUACCGAGGUUCUGACUGUUGCCUGCUUACAUUUAGUGUUGAUGAUUCACAGAGCUUCCAGAAUUUGAGCAACUGGAAGAAAGAGUUCAUAUAUUACGCAGAUGUGAAAGAGCCUGAAAGCUUUCCCUUUGUGAUUUUGGGCAAUAAGACUGACAUAAAAGAACGGCAGGUGUCUACAGAAGAAGCCCAAGCCUGGUGCAAGGACAACGGCGACUAUCCUUACUUUGAAACAAGUGCAAAAGAUUCCACCAAUGUUGCUGCUGCCUUUGAGGAGGCAGUUCGAAGAAUUCUGGCUACGGAAGAUAGGUCAGAACACCUGAUUCAGACAGACACAGUCAAUCUGCACCGAAAGCCCAAGCCAAACUCAUCUUGCUGUUGAUGGCAUUAAAGGGAUAGUUGGUGCAUUCUAACCAACACACACACACACACACACACACACACACACACACAGAGAGAAAGGUGGAGAAACAAAUUAGUAUGCAGAAGAGUUCAUCUACUAAUAAAAUUCAGUUAACGCAUAUUGUUGCCUCAUUAGUCGGUGGGAGAAGGGACACUCACUCUGGAGGAAUCUAUUUACUCAGUAAUGGCACGUUCCACUUAUAAAUUGUAAUUGUUGUCUAAUGUUUCUUUAAAUUAAAACAUUAGUGCUAAUAAGAUGACCAAGAACUGACUUAACUGUAAUUCAGACAACAACCUUGACUAUUCUAGAAGUACACUUAGAUUGUUUUGACCCACAAGGAAAUGGAGAGUUACUUUUAUAUGUGUAUAUUUUUAUGUAAUUAGCAUUGUAUUCUUGGUCUAGGAAAGUAAAUUCCUACAGCAGUACUAUUAAAGAUUAAAAUCUAAUGCAUUUCUUGA